AUGGAAGUCCAUGAACACCGAGGCCUUCGGGUUUAUUUCUUCAACCCCUUGUACGACUCUGGUGUUGAUAAGGUUGUAGUUGGAAAUCAGAAUAUAUGGGCAGCAAGACCGGGACAAAAGCUUACGAGGUUAGUGGGAUUCUUUAGGUGCAUGGGAUUUGGCCUCUCUCACGUGUCCUACUUCAACUCUAACGGUGACAAUAAGGAACUUCUUCUAGGAUACUCCCAUGGCUCUGAUUUCCUUGAGGUUGUUGAUAAAGAGAAGUUCUAUAAUAAGCUUUUGAGCUACACAAAUAAAGAGGAUAAAUACAACCCUGAAAUUCCAGCUCAUCCCGUUCUCCACGAGCUUGAACAUCUGCUCAGCCCUAAAGAAGAGGAAGUCCCCAAGGAAUCUGUCCCUGAAAAGGAAAGAGUUGAGGUACCUGUUGGAGAACAUGCUGAACUUUAA